GAGAGAGAGAGUCUCAGCAUCCCGUCCUGCAAGAGCGUGUUGCAGUCUCAUUGAAGAAGCGCCACGUUGGGCUGAACAGAGGAACCGAUAACAUGUCCUGUCUCUACGUCAGAGGGAUCUUUCUCACUCUUUGUUGGGCUUCAGCUGCUUUGUCGAGCCUGCACCCUGAAUGCGAGUACAUAUUUCAGCUGGAGAAAGAGGAGCGUCACUGCCUUAAGUACAUUGCAGAGCAGGGCAACAGAACCACAGAAGGUUGUCUGCCAUUCUGGGAUGCAGUUGCCUGCUGGCCUCAUGCAGAAGUUGGGGAAACAGUCCAAAGAGCUUGUCCUGCCAUCUUCUCCCUCUUCAGAAACAACACAGGUUCAGUGAGCCGUAACUGCACCGGCGGAGGUUGGUCCAGACAUUUCCCACCAUACCACAUCGCCUGCAGUGUGGAUGAUGACAUUCCUGAGACAGAGCAGUUAUACUUUGCCACAGUGAAGCUGAUAUACACCGUCGGGUACAGUAUCUCUCUAGUGGUGCUGGCUGUUGCUGUAUUCAUCCUGUUGUUCUUCAGGAGGCUGCGUUGUGCCAGGAACUUCAUUCACAUCCAGCUCUUCAUCACAUUUAUCCUGAAAGCUGUGGCGGUGUUCAUAAAGGAUGCAACUCUGUUCUCGAGUGACGACACCAACCACUGCACCCUUUCCACAUUUGCCUGUAAGGCCUCUGUGGUCUUCUGUCACUACUGUGUAAUGUCCAAUUUUUUCUGGCUCCUGGUGGAGGCGCUCUACCUCAAUUCCCUGCUGCUUUCGUCCUUUAAUCACAGCCGUCGGUGCCUCUGGGGCUUCAGCCUGCUGGGAUGGGGUGUACCUGUGCUCUUCAUUGUCCUGUGGAUUGGAUCCAGGGUGUAUUUUGAGGACACAGAAUGUUGGGACAUCAACGAGGACUCGCCCUAUUGGUGGAUCAUCAAGGGACCAAUUGUUGUGUCUAUAGCGGUCAAUUUUAUACUCUUCAUGAACAUCAUCAGAAUCCUGAUACAGAAGCUCAAUCCUCGGCUGAUCCACUUCAAUAACUCCUCUCAGUACAGACGCCUGACUAAGUCCACCCUCCUCCUCAUCCCUUUGUUUGGUACUCACUACAUGGUCUUCAAUUUUCUGCCUGACUACUUCAAUGUUAACCUGCGCCUCUGUAUCGAGCUCUGCAUGGGAUCCUUCCAGGGGCUUCUUGUAGCGAUUCUCUAUUGCUUUCUUAAUCAGGAGGUCCAAAAAGAAGUCCACAUGCAGUGGCUGAGGUGGCAGGGGCGGAGCUAUGGUGUGGUGUCACCAGCUGCAAAAUGCAGCCAGAUGGACACACCUUUCUAGUGGUGGCCUUCCCCCUCAUCCUACAGGUCUUCUGUUAAUUGGACAUCCACUAAAGAUUGCUCCUGAGCACGUCAUCGUCUCCAGUGGGCUGCACAGUACGCACAAUACCAGUGGUUGUCGGCCACAUCUGUAAGUUUUCGUUCCAAACUCGAUAAUAGGCUUUUUACUAGCUGCGCUCCUUCUGCCAAAAUGGAGGAACUAAGGUGAACUUACCAAUGGAAAAGGAUUCUGAAACCUCAUGACAUUUUACUGACACAUUUCAAGACAGAUUCUACCAAUUUCAUAUGCAUUUCCCAUGUGGCAACAAUUUUAGAAAGAUCAGCUUCAAGCUUUCCUUGGAGACCUCGCUUGUCAAAUUACAGAAUGCUAAUUUUACUGAGCUGAGAGUUUAGCCUAAUGAUUAAAGAACCAUCAAUUAGCAAGUAAAUAGUUUCAGCGGAUAUAGGUUUUACCCAGCUAAACAAUGCACACACUCAUUUUCUGAUUCAUUCUGUCUGAAAUGUUCCGUUUUAGCGCCUGUAUCUUCAAGCCCACAUCACUUUUCAUAAUAUGGGAUUUUAAAGAGUUGAGAUGAGAUGCUAAAGUAAGUAUAUUCAAAAUUUGAUUCCAUAUAUCACAGAUGCUAUAGCUUAGCAUGUUGAACAUGUGAAGCUGUAGCCUACUGCCAAGUGAUACACAAAUGAAUCAUCAUUCAUUUAAUUCUUUGUAUAUUUAUGUAUGGGUUUGCUUAUUUAUUUAUUAAUUCACAGUCUGUGCUUACAGUAAGUAUCAAGGUAAAAAUAAAAUACCUUAAUUGCAGCUUAAUAGAUGAAUACCUUGAAGUCACACCAUGGCAUUAGCUGCUAAAGUAUUGUGGUUUUUUUAAAGUGUAAACCUGCACCUGCACACUGCUGAGAGCCACUUCACUGUAUACUUGCGUGUUGUGUUCCGUCAUGUCAUGUGUUCGACUCCAACAAUUUGAAUGACAUCUCCACUGCCAUCUGUGAUCCAGCAAAGGACGAGAAAACAUGAAUGGAAACUUUAUCAUAGUAAUAAUUCAAAAUGAUUUGACAUCAAUAUAUAUGAUGCUAACGUAUUGUACAGUACUUUGAACUGCAUGGUCAUAUAAAGAAGGAUAAAACUGCAUUCCCAUAAUAACCGAAUUUGCGUUAGAUCUCUUUUUGUGAGAAAUUUAGAUUUUUGUCUUAGUUUGUAUUCUCUGUGUGUUAUAAGGUGAUAAGAUUUUUUUUUUUAUCAAGAUAAAAGGUCAUGCAAAGUAUUGAAUCACUGCCCAGUUCUGCAGCAUCCACAAUCCUCUUCAUGUAAACAAAUGGUUUGCCUAAAACUGAAUGUAUAAACAAGUCAACUGUCAGACUUGUUUUAUAGUCACUUUUCUCUGUUGUUGCAUUUGGAUGUUGCUGCUUUUCUUGUGCCUCUCUCUGUGAUGUUUUACUGCCUUGUGAAAAAAAAAAUGCAAUCCUGCAAAUUCAAGUAUAAAAUGUUUACUCAGCUUCA